AUGAACGUUAUUUGCUCUAUAUGUAGCGAACAAUUAAUACAAUCAGAUGAUAUUUUUUAUACAAGAUGUGGACAUGUAUUUCAUUUGCAUUGUUUAACACAAUGGCUUGAAAGAUCAAAAAGCUGUCCACAAUGUAGAGAAAAAGUUACACAAAGUAAAAUACAUAGACUCUAUUUUACAUUUCCAAGUAAUGAAGUAGUUGAAUCUCAAGGUUCUACAUUACAAGAGAAAGUGGAUAACUUAAAAUUUCAAAUUUUGUUAAAGGAAAAAGACAUUCAAUAUUAUUCUUCAAAAAAUGUUACUUUAGAAAAACAAAAUGCUGGUUUAAAACAAGAAGUUCGAAAAGUAGAAAGUGAAAUUAACAAAAAAAAUGCAGCAAUACAUGCUUUGAAAGAACAAAUUAAUUAUUUUAAAGAACAAAGUUCACACUGUGAUAAUUUAAAAAAAGAAAUUGUUCAAUUAAAAAAUAAAAUUGAGGAUCUUAAACCAAUACAGGUAUUAUUACAUGCACCUAUUAGUGAUGUUAGUAAAAUGAUUGGGAGAACUAAAGAUCCUGAAACACUUACUAUGUAUAUUUCUAUUAUGAAAAAAGAAUUAAUUGGAAGAUUUAAUAAAUGUAAACAAUUACGCAUGAGUAUUAAAAAGCUUCAAGAAAAACUUUCUAAAGUUAAUAUGAAAAAUGAUACAUCAUUAGAAGAGCAGUCAAAACAAAUGAAUUUCGAAGAAAAACUAGCAUUUUCAGAAAGCAAAAAUAUGGCAUUACAAAAACGGGUUGAUGAAUUAGAAGAGAUACUUGGUAUUAGUGAUAAAUAUAGUAAUGAAUUAGAAAUUAAAAAAUCAGAAAAUAAGAAUGUUUCUAAAGAAAACUUGAUUGAAAGUUCAUCAAGAAAAACUAAUCAAAAUAUAUCAAGUACAAGUUCUUUAUUAAGUUGUACAAAACAAAAAAUUGAAAAGGCAUUUGAGUACGAUAUUAAACAUGAACAAGAAAGGAUAUAUGAUUCUCCAAUAGAAAAUGAUACAAGUGAUUCGGAAAUAGAUUUUAUAGAUUGUAUUUCUUCUAAUAAUUCUCCAAUAAUUUCUAAAAAAUUUAAAUUAUCAGAAAAUGACAUACAAAAUUUAAAUAAAAAUGAUAAUAAUACAUUCUCAAAUUCUUCUAUCAAAAAAAAAAGAAAACAAAAUAUAAAAAAAAAGAUAUCUGAUAAUGAAUACAAGCAUGAUAGUCAUGUGGUCGAUUUAACUUGAAGAGUUCCUAAAUAUAAUAUAAUAGUUUUUUUUCUUUUGUAUAAAUGAUUAUUUAUAUUUUAAGAAUAUAUAUAAUAUUUUCAUUG